UCAACCGGGGAUGUCAAGUACUUUACAAUGCCAAGGAUGACGAAUUUUCGGCGAAGUUCAUCAUUUCAAUGAGAGCUUAUCCAAUGUUAUGCAGUUUCCUGAUUUUCUCAUCACCACCACCAUGAUAAUCCCAACCGCGUCUGCGGCGAUACUCACAGCCCUUCGUGCUUUAAUGAUAACAAACUCCCUUAGCGCGUACAUUGUUCCGGCGGAAGAUGAGCAUUACACGGAAUUUGUCGCUGAAUGUCAUCAAAGGAGAGGAUACAUUUCGAAAUUUACUGGGUCAGCAGGAACUGCUAUUGUAACGACUAACAGCACUGGUGAAGGUGUUGCACUUUUGUGGACAGAUGGGAGAUACUACUUCCAAGCAGAGCAAGAGAUGGAUAUGAAUUUAUGGAGAUUAAUGCGAGAUGGGACGUCAGGCACACCUACACAAGCUCAGUGGCUAACCGAAAAUCUAGCUGCCAACUCUAGAGUUGGAGUGGACCCAGCCCUUUACACCAAAGGCACAUGGGACAAUAUGGAGAGCCAAUUAAGAGCUAAAAACUUGUCUCUUGUCGCAAUUGACACAAAUUUGGUGGAUGAGAUUUGGGAAACAAGACCAAGUUGCUCAGAAAAUCCUAUUUUCAGUCUGGAUUUAAUCUAUGCCGGAAAGAAUACCUCCGAUAAAGUUAGAGAUGUUCGAGCAGCAAUGGCAGAUAAUGGUGCAAGCGUUUUGCUAGUGGCAGAGCUUGAUGAAGUUGCAUGGUUGCUUAAUUUGAGGGGCAAAGACAUUCCAUCGAGUUCAACGUUUUUUUCAUUUGUUAUUCUGACUGCAACAACUUUGGACUUUUUUACCAACAACCCAACUCAAGUUUCAGCAAAUGUUACAACUGCUUUACGCAGUAAUGUCCCAGAAAUAGCCCUGAAGUCAUAUGAAGAGGCUUAUGCGGAAUUGCCACGAAUUGUUGCAGCAAACUCAACAGGGAUGGUGUGGGUCAAUAGGAAUGCAAAUUAUAAACUGGUCAGAACUGUAGACGCAAGUCGUCUUCUUGUAAAACUAACCCCAAUUUCACUGAUGAAAUCCUUAAAAAACGACGUUGAGGUUGCGGGUUACAGGAGAGCCUUAAUUCGUGAUAGCGCCGCAUUGUGCGAAUUCUUUAGUUGGUUGGAAGACGCUAUGGAACGAGGCGUCUCGGUAAACGAAACAUCAGCGGCCACUCACCUUUACCAAAUUCGACAGAAUCGUUCAGAACUAUUUUUCGACAAGAGUUUUUCAACCAUCUCCGCAACUGGAAGGAAUGCUGCAAUCAUUCAUUACAUGCCAACUGAAGCAUCUAGUCGACCUUUGUCUAGAGAUGAGCUAUACCUACUCGACUCUGGUGGCUUAUACUUCGACGGCACAACAGAUAUUACAAGAAGCAUGCAUUUCGGAAAUCCAACGCCAUUUCAAAGAGAAGCUUAUACUCGAGUUUUGAAGGGUCAGAUUGCAUUAGCAACUGCAAAGUUCCCUGAUAAGACGCUCGGAAACCGAUUAGAUUCAUUCGCUCGUGAAGCAUUAUGGGAAGUCGGAUUGGAAUACAAUCAUGGGACAGGUCACGGGAUAGGUGCAUUCUUGAACAUUCAUGAAGGACCUCAGGGUAUUGGUUCCGGCAACAGGGUAGAAGAUCCAGGGCUUCAGGAAAACAUGAUCACGUCAAAUGAACCGGGUUAUUAUGACGAGGUUUUGGAGUUCGGCAUUCGACUUGAAAAUGUCAUCAGAGUUGCGAAAGUAGAAUUGGCUCAUGAUUUUCAAAAUAGUGGGUGGCUCGGAUUUGAAGACAUGACUUUCGUUCCAUAUUCCCACAAGUUGAUCAAUUUUGCAUUGUUGACGGAAGAUGAGAUUCAAUAUCUCAAUGAAUAUCAAGCCAAAACACGUGACAUUGUAGGGGCAUAUCUGCUUGACCCACAAAAUAACUUUCCUCGAGCUGCUUACGACUGGAUGUUAAAGGAAACUAAUCCCAUCGGCGAGACUACCACUGCUCCGCCAACUUCGCCAACUUCGGAGUCCACGUCUCCACGAAGUGGGGCGGCCAACCCGUAUCGAUUUGAUGUCAACCUGUAUCUCACACUCAUUUGUCUAAUGGUCCUCCUCCAGUGAACAUUGUUAUUUUGUGCAUACAAAAUGUCACCAUUUAGAACGUGCAUAAUAUUGAAUGCAUGAAACGAUAAGCUGUUAAUUAGGCAUUUGUAAUCUGUCUUAAAAGAUAAUCACAAUAAAGAUAUGCUGUUAAUAACACU